UUGACACUUGAGAUUCACCCAUGGAAUAAUCCGCCUCCUUGCAAAACCGUACUGUUAUUGAUGUAACACACGCUUUGAUAAGGAAGUAGAUAGUUAACUCUAGUUUGUGGAGUUUGAUAAAUAGCUAGCUAGUCCUAUAACAUGGCAGUGAGCGCAGUUCACCUCGAAUCAGAUGCCUUUUUGGUUUGCAUGAAUCAUGCAUUAAGUACCGAGAAGGAGGAAGUAAUGGGACUCUGCAUCGGAGAGGUGGACACCAACCGCAUCGUCCACAUUCACUCUGUUAUUAUUCUGCGACGCUCAGACAAGAGGAAGGAUCGCGUGGAAAUCUCGCCUGAGCAGCUAUCUUCAGCUGCUACCGAAGCUGAGAGGUUGGCUGAUAUGACUGGACGGCCGAUGCGUGUAGUUGGUUGGUACCACUCUCACCCCCACAUCACUGUGUGGCCAUCACAUGUGGGUAAGAACCAGAGCACCCCUCUACCACAUCAGUUCCACAACUUUAGUUUUCACUGUCAUGGCAAACUGUUUCAGUUGGUGUGUCUGCGUCAUUCAUUUUCUACAACAGAUGUAAGGACACAGGCCAUGUACCAAAUGAUGGACCAGGGCUUUGUUGGGCUGAUAUUCUCCUGUUUCAUUGAGGAUAAGAACACAAAAACUGGUCGAGUUCUCUACACCUGCUUCCAGUCUGUACAAGCCCAGAAAGGCUCUGAGUACGAGAGAAUCGAGAUCCCAAUUCAUGUGGUCCCGCAUGAGGCCAUUGGGAAAGUGUGCCUUGAAUCAGCAGUGGAGCUCCCAAGAAUCCUCUGCCAGGAAGAGCAGGAUACCUACAGAAAGAUUCACAGCUUAACUCACCUGGAUCCGAUCACGAAGAUACACAAUGGCUCAGUGUUCACUAAGAACCUGUGCAGUCAGAUGUCUGCUGUGAGUGGUCCCCUGCUGCAGUGGCUGGAGGACCGUUUGGAGCAGAACAGACAGAGCGUCAUUGAGCUGCAGCUGGAGAAGGAGAGACUAACUCAGGAGCUGGCAACCAUGUGAGAGAGAAAGCGGCAGGGGACUGGGAGACUAGUCAGGACCGAGGGAAAGAUAUGGAGGUGCACAAUUGGCCCAGUGUCGUCUGGGUUAGGUGAGGGGUUGGCUGGGGUAGGCCGUCAUUGUAAAAUAAGAAUUUGUUAACUGAUCCUUGAUGAAAACUUGCUCAGGACCUCAAACUGGGGCGAAGAUUCACCUUCCAACACGUCAAUGACCCUAAGUACACAGCCAAGACAACGCAGGAGUGGCUUUGGGUAAGUCUCUGAAUGUCUCUGAGUGGCCCAGCCAAAGCCUGAACUUGAACCCGAUCGAACAUCUCUGGAGAGACCUGAAAAUAGCUAUGCAGCGACGCCCCCUUCCAACCUGAGAGAGCUUAAGAGGUGCUGCAGAGAAGAAUGGGGUAAACUCCCCAAAUACAGAUGUGCCAAGCUUGUAGUGUACCCAAGAAGACUCUAGGCUGUAGUUGCUGCAGACGGUGCUUCAACAAAGUACUGAGUGAAGGGUCUGAAUACUUAGAGUACCAGUCAAAAGUUUGCACAUACCUUCUCAUUCUAGGGUUUUUCUUUAUUUUGACUAUUUUCUACUUGGUAGAAUAAUAGUGAAGAUCUCAUCAAAACUAGUAAAUAACACAUGGAAUCAUGUAGUAACCAAAAAAGUACUAAAAUGUCAAGCUUUUUAUUUGCUAAAAUGUCUAAACAGUUUUUUGCUUUGUCAUUAUGGGGUAUUGUGUGUAGAUUGAUGAAGCAAAAAAACUAUUUCAUAAAUGUUAUAAUAAGGCUGUAACGUAACAAAAUGUGUAAAAUGUCAAGGAGUAUGAAUUCUUUCCGAAUGCACUGUAUUUCUAUUCCAAAACAUUAACCCACUCAGCUCCUGCAGAGUUGGAGUUCUAUGUGAGGCUUUUGGUCGGAUAACCUCAGAAUGUGUUGGUUCUCAUUCUGAUAGAAUGGCAUUAGUAGGGGCAAUUUGUAAUGAACUAUUUCAUAUGAAGGAGGGGUGGUGGAAGAGUUAGGAUAUCUGUUUGGUUAAUACGGCAUUGUUAGCUAAAUUAUGUUUCUUAUGUCAUUUUAUAUCUGUAUUUUGGUGUAUUAAUUUGAUCUUAUUUAGUAGUCAGUUGCUUAGUCAUCGUGUGCCUUGUCAUGCUUGUAUGGGUUCUGUUUGAGGGAUUAACCCCCCCCCCCCAGUCUCACAUUUUUUUUUUUGAUGACUCACUGUCUACAGUAUUAGUGUCAGUUGAAUGAAGCCAUACCAGUUCCAAAUCUAGGCUACACCACAUUCACAUGCAGAUGUAUGCAGCUCAAAUUGGGUGAGCAGUCAUUUAAAAAUGACUGGCUUUCAGAGUCAUAUUUCAAACAUCUACAUACAUUUUAUUUUUAGUGCAGGAAUAAUUCUGCAAACUACCAACGGCUCUCACCGGCCUGGUUUUGUGUGUACAAUAGAAAUGAUGGAGAGAUGUUCUUUUUUUGAUGCUUUGAAAAGAUCUGACCAUCUCUGAGAGUUGCUAUAGGAACAGCUCUGCCCAUCUGCUGGAGUGGUUCAGUAUUCUGUCUGUCAUGGUGCUGCUGCAUUCACAUGAGCAGAGGGAAAGCAAUUUCCUGAGAGACAUAUCUUCAUUAUGGUCUUAUUCAAUGAUACCUCACGAUGUUGAAAUAGCCUUUAGUGAGGUGAAAGAGUUGCAUUGUGAGAGGAACUGUAGGGGGCCCUGUUAGCAGUAAUACCAACCAAAAAUCUGUGACAAGCACAAGGCGUCAUGCAUGGCAGAUGGUGUAGACAGUAUUAAGGCCUAUAAAUGAGCUGUAAUGCCUCUAGAGCUGACUUGAAAUCUGCCAAUCUAAAUGCUUUGACUGUCAUCCUAAUCACUAUCACAAUAACAAUCAUCCUCGUUACAGCCUCAAUCA